AUGCGCCCGGGGCUGGGUCAUUCGGGCGCGUUCCCUCUGCUGGCGCUCUUGGGGUUUCUAUUGUUGACGCUGAUCCCCUCGUUGUCUGGCUUGUCUAACGUCAAGCUGGUGGACUGGACUUAUUUCACAGGUGGAGCAUCCCACCUUCCCCUGAUUCAAGACGGCGUUGCCGCAUUUCCGCCGGACACCACUUCCGCGCAGUCGCCAAGAUCGUGGAUCUUGUCCAAUCGGUCUCGUUCGCGCGCAAAUGCAAAAAACCUCUCGGCACAUGCUUCAAGGGCUCCAGAAGCGCCGGGGGAACCUGGCGACAGCAGUCCAGAUGGCAAUGACAGUCGCCGUCUAGACUCGGGUCACAAAUCGGCCUCACCUUUGCCGCUCAUGAGACGCGCGCGCGCAUUACGAACAUACCUCUUGAAACAACUGGAUGAUUAUCAGCUGUUCACCUCGUGUGUUCAUCACAAUCACUCCACGAUAUCCACGCUCACGUCGCCUUCCCUCAUGUCUAUGAACGCCACCCCUCCUCCCACCUUGAUCAACGACGAUUCACGAAGCCUUCCUACCGCUGAAGAAGAUAAUCACAUUCGCGACAAGCCCACCAAGCCCGACGAAGAAAAGAAAGAAAAGGAAGAAAAGACUGCGACUGAAAGCCGACUCUCGUCAUGGUGCAGCAAAUGGCAGCAGGCCUGCCAAAAGGCGCAAGACAUGUGGCCCUCUUCUCCCACCUACCAUGCUUCGACGCCCCAGUUGUCAGCAUCACUGAACCCAGAGCUGGCGGUGCAUCAGCCGCCCAGCAAGAUACAAAAGCAAUUGGACGGGGGUGUGUUCUCUCCAGGAGAAGCGUCCCCUGUGAAUAGUGGUCUCGAGCCGAGCUUGAAGACGCACGAAUUUUCUUCAACAACAAAUAAUCAGACGACAGACGCUGCCGGUUCGACAGCUGAGCUGCGGGGCAGCUGUAUGGCUGUGGUAAUUGGACUGGUGGCCGGUAUAAUGUGGUUUUAA